AUGCCGGUAAGGAAAGCGCGCGUUCGAAUAGCAGCUGCUGAAUGCGGAGACAUCCCUCUUAAUGAGAGGAAGCAGAUAUAUGGUAAUCCCGUUCUGAAAAUGGAGAACAAGAAGGCCCUGCAGUACAUCAGCGGCAUGAAAUCGAGUGAUCUCAUCGAUUCGGCCAUGUUGAACGGCAGUACGAAGCAAUUGGACGCAUCGUCCUGUUUCCCUCCACCUGAGGGAAGUCAGCGCCCGCGAAAAGAAUAUCUGCAGCUUGUGAGCACAACCAACGUUGUAUCGCGUGGAAUCGGUAUCCCGAGGAGUCGACAGUCACGCUUGUUCGCAGCGCAGAAUGCGAGGAAGGGUGACUACAAGUUUCAAAUUGCGACGAAAUUGCGAGGUCCGCCGUUCAGCAGUGCAUUACAACAUGGUAAACCCCAGGUUCAGAAACCGCUGAAGAAGCGAAUCAUAUGGAGUUUCAGAAUAAAAUUUAGGACAAAUGAGGCGGAGACUAUCAAUAACUCAGUGGUAGAGCGCGCCACUCGUAAUGGUGAGCUGUCAACAGCAAACGAGCACAGCCAUAGCCACCCUGUCAAAGUCGCUGAGGCAGGCCGCAUCAUUCGCAUCAUGCGGCUGAAGUUUUGA